AUGAUGAUGAUGUCAGCUCCGUCUUCAUCGUUUCAUGAUUAUUUAGCUAUAGAUUAUUCCUUGCCCAAAACUGAAUCAUUAUCACCAAUACAAACAAAUGAAGACUAUUCUGAUGAAUCAUUGGAUAAUACUAAUAAGAUUAGUAAGAGAAAUUCAACAGUAAAACGACCGAUGAAUGCAUUUUUAUUAUGGGCUCGAGGUGAACGAAAACGAGUAUCUAGUAAUGGUUAUGGUGUUAGUCAAACAUCAUUGAGUAAACUUUUAGGUGAAACAUGGCGGAGAAUGCCCGUCGAAGAGAAACAGCCAUUCUUAGAUAUGGCUGAAACAUUAAAAAGACAACAUCACAUUGAUCAUCCCGGCUAUAGGUUCAAACCAAAACAACGCUCGUCAACCGCGAAUAGAACAAUAGCAAAGAAGCAUUUUCUACCUGACCCUCAAGAACAAAUGUCAAAGAUGAACUCUUCAUCAUAUUAUUCAACUUCAUCUUUUCGUUUUCUUCAAGGACUACAACAACAACAGGAACAACAACAACAACAACCAUUAUCAUCUACCUCGGAUGCUGCUCCUCAUAAUGUAGCGCCAACAGUUCAAGCCAUAUGUCAAGUUAUUAUUUCAUCAUCAUCAUCGUUAUCAUCUGAUAAUAACAAUGAUUGGCUUUCAAAACUUAUUGGUCAACCUCAAACUGUUAUUGUUGCACCUCCUUCUCCUCUUCUUCCACACAUACAAACAUCUCCAAUUUUAUCACGUCGACCUGUACGUAUACAAAUUAUAAAUAAACAUGAUGACAUUGUUGUACCUCCACCACCACUAUUACCUAUGACACCUUCACCAUUAUCAUCAUCAUCAUCAUCAUCGAUUACUCUCGAUGAAUCAACAUCAACAUUAAUCGAUUAUCUUAGUAAUACUUCUAAUAUGUUCAAUAUACCUAACAAUCAACCAGAAUUAGUUCCGGUUCUAGAUGAUACAAUUGGAUAUGAAACAUUACAAGAUUUAGCUAAUAAUCAUUUAAUGGACCUCGAUCAACCUUACAAUAAUAGUGGUUGGAUCGAUACACCUUUAUCAAAUUUUACUACCAAUGCUACAGAUAUAAAUACAACACCACCAUAUUUAUCUUAUGAUUUUUUAAGCCUUUAA